GUUACAUCGAGGCUGCUGUCAUCCCCAUUGGUGCUAGGAGAAUCAAAGUUGUGGAGGACAGGCCCUCACACAGCUUUCUGGCAAUGAAAGACUCUACCAAGAGGUCCAUCAACAGCGACUGGAAGAUCGAGCUUCCUGGAGAGUUCCAGCUGGCCGGCACUACAGUGCGCUACGUCCGGAGAGGACUCUGGGAGAAAAUGUCCGCCAAGGGGCCCACCAAGACCCCGCUGUACCUCAUGGUGCUGUUGUUCCAUGACCAGACCUAUGGGAUACACUAUGAGUACACAGUGUCUCUGAACGUAACUGAACGUGAUGAUGUCAGUGAGGAGCAGAGAGCACCAGAGCACCUCUACCUUUGGACACACAGUUCCUGGCAAGACUGCAACGUACAGUGUGGAGGAGGUGAGAGGAGGACAGUGGUGUCCUGUAUGAGGCUGGUCAAUAAAAGCAUGACUCUGGUGAAUGACAGCCUCUGCCAACCAGAGAACAGGCCGUUACCCCAAGUACGACGCUGCAACUCACACCCCUGCCAGUACAGGUGGGUGACAGGGGAGUGGGGCCAGUGCUCGGUGACGUGUGGGAAGGGUCUCCAGCUGCGUGAGGUGGGCUGUGUGUACCAGCUGCAGAACGGAUCCCUUAUCCACACACGGGACUUGUACUGCCAGGGGGGCAAACCCCCCGCCCUGCAGGGCUGCGAGGGACGCCACUGCCUCACUGCCUGGGAGGCCUCUGAGUGGUCCAAGUGUUCUUCAGACUGUGGCAGUGGGGUCCGUCGGAGGACAGUGAGGUGCACCAACCCCCAGGGGAACUGUGACCCCCUCUCUCAGCCUGCUGACCAGGAGCCCUGUGAGGACCACUCCAAAUGUUACGAGUGGAAGACUGGGGACUGGUCCAAGUGCUCGUCAUCCUGUGGGAAGGGCCUGCAGUCCAGAGUGGUCCAAUGUAUGCACAGAGUGACAGGUCGCCACGGUAAUGACUGCCCCGUGGUGUUCAGACCACCCACCUACCGGCCCUGUCACCAGGAGGCCUGCAAUGACAAAGUCAACGUCAACACCAUCACCUCCCCCAGAUUAGCUGCUCUGACCUACAAGUGCACAGGAGACCAGUGGACUGUGUACUGCCGUGUGAUCCGAGAGAAGAACCUGUGCCAGGACAUGAGAUGGUACCAGCGCUGCUGCGACACCUGCAGAGACUUCUACGCCAACAAAACACCCCGCAAGAGUUAAUGAUCAGAGCACUCACACACAUACUGUACACAGACAGACACACACUUCACCUAGGGCUACGACUUUAGAUGUUUCUGUAACACUUGACUUAAAGCUUGCGGGUGUAAUGCUUUGUAAGUCGUUAUAAGCAUGAAUGAGCCUUUAUAAUGUGUUAUAAUAAGGCUUAUGAUAUGAUAUGUCUCUCUAUGUAUCAGCAUAUUAACCGACUCAAAAUGUCUGUUAUUUAGCCUGCUUCAGGAGAUGAUACUAAUAUAUUGUAAGGGUCUCGUGGCAGGUCUUUAUGCCGGCAGGCUUUAAGUAAAGAGUUACGGAUGUUUUUUCUGAAUUAUUCAUAUUCUUAUUAUUAAUUAUAGGAUAUUACAUUUUGGAGAAAAAGUGGAAAUGAGUGCAGAGACCAUUUCAAGUGGGAUCAUAAGCUUGCUGUUGUCAUGAAGACUUGAAAACAUUCUUUAACUUGUUUUAUUGCUGUAAACCAAAGCGAGGGACUUCACAGUCUGGGGAGUCUCUCGGUGGGUAGCCUGUCACGUCAACGUUUGUUGUACAGUGUGAUUUAACAUUAGCGUUAACAUAUGUGAUAACUCUUUAUGUGGAAAGGUCAUUGUUGUCAGAUUGUCUAUAGAUGCUCAGUGAACUAUCAGAACAUGUCUGAUUUUCAAAUGCACACGCUGAAUCUAAUACAGCUAGGGAGGCUGAGUAUGAGUAAAUCUAUGUUACUUGGAGCGGCAGGUAGCCUAGUGGUUAGAGCUUUGGGCCAGUAACUGAAAGGUUGCUGGAUCAAAUCCCUGAGCUGACAAGGUAAAAAUCAGUUGUUCUGCCCCUGAGCAAGGCACUGUUCCCUGGGCC